AUGGAUAUUUUUAAUCCAAACAGCAUCGAAGAAACCUUUCCAAUAAAUCUGUGCCGUUGUUGUCUUGUAGAAGGUUGUUACAAAGAUAUUUCUAGUGAAUAUUUUUUCUCAGGAAAGAAGGAAAUCUACGAAGAAAUGUUGAAAGAUGUUUUUAAUUUAGAGAUUUCAUUUCAAAAGUAUGGAGGACCGAGCCGUUACAGUCGACUAAUUUGUGAAAACUGCAUUGGAAAACUGCGGGAUGCAAAAGAAUUCAAAUAUAAAGUUUUGGAGAGUGAGAAGUCUUUUAUCAAGUAUUUAGAGGAAAUGCAAAUAAAUACAAAAGAAGAGGAAAAUAAUCAUCAAGCCGAUAUAAUUUCAGGGCAGUGUGCAAUCAAAGAGGAACCAGAAUUGAGUACCGAUAAUGAUGUUGAAAGUUGUGAAAAUGAUAUAUUUGGGAACAGUCAGGUUGUAAAUUACUAUGAUUUGCUGGGGAUUAAAAUAGAAUCAGAAUCAAAUAUCGACAACGAGAUCGAAAGUCAUGGAAUUGUGAAGGACCAAACCGAGGAGAAUCACACUGAUGUGAUGAGUGUUAAAUUAGAAUCGGAAUCAAAUACAGACAAUGAGAUCGAAAGUAAUGAAACGUUGGAGGACUACACCAAGAAGAACCACAUUGUAAACCUUGAGAAUAUAAAAUUGUAUGUGAACAAAAACUUAAAUAACAAACUGAAUGGAGGAGCAAAUGUAUGUGACAAACGAAAAUUAACUACAGAAGUAAAUACAAAAAAGAAGAGGACAAAACUAGCUGACGAGGGCACAAACUCAGAUUAUGAAAGCGGUGCUCCAGGACUACCAUUUAAGAAGAAAUUACGUACGGAAAUUGUGCAUAAAAAGUGUGUGACAACAUAUUUAGGGCAAGAUUUUAAACCUACUGAGACCCAAUCAACUGAUAAUGAAUUACGAAGAGGUUUACCAUUACAAAUAAUUGGUGAACUCGUGAUUGAACAUGACAAUAAUCAAAUGGAAGUUGAUGAUGUAAAUCCCACAAUAUAUCAUGUACAUAAACCGAGACAAAUUAUUGGAGAUAGGUUUAAUAAAAGGCCAAAAACUUCUGCGGAACGUGUUCGUGAAUUCAGAGCACGAAAAGCAAUGCUUAAGCAACAAAGUAAGCAACGACAGGAACCAGUUGCAAUAGUUGAAAUUGCUGCAGAAGAUAUUCGAAGUGCUGGUCCAUCAGAAGACAAACAAGACCCUGGACCCUCUGAAAUCACGACAAUAGAAGAAAGAGCAAAGUCUGCAGAGGAAACACGGCGAUUAAAAAAACAAGCGAAAACUGAUAUCGCGAUUGAACAUUACAAUUAUCAAAUGGAAGUUGAUAAUGGAAAUCCCACUAUAGAUCAUGUACAAAAACCGAGACAAAUGAUUAGUUAUAGGUUUAAUAAAAGGCCAAAAACUUCUGCGGAACGUGUUCGAGAAUUCAGAGCACGAAAGGCACUGCUUAAGCAACAAAGUAAGCAACAACAUGAACCAGAUGCAACAGUUGAAAUUGCUGCAGAAGAUAUUCGAAGUGCUGGUCCAUCAGAAGACAAUCAAGACCCUGGACCCUCUGAAAUCACGACGAAUAAAAAAGGCGUUAGUGAAACAUCAAAAAAACAGGCGAAAACUGCAGCUCAACGCAUGCGAGAAUACCGACAGAGACAAAAAUUAGCAAAGAAAAUACCGUUGGAGCCGCAAAGUGAUCAAGAUUUAGAUGCUAUAGUCAGCACAUCAUCGUCGCAAGUAAAUCAAAGGGCUGGUCCAUCAACAAUAAACAGCAUAUACGCAGAGCUAACUAGAAGAGGGAUUUCACAAUCAUAG